GUAAAAGCCUCUGUUGGCCUCGUGUGCAAAGGUCUGAUCGCCUUGCACAAUUUUCACACAGUAUGCGCUCCAUCACCAGAUCACGCGCCGUCAGGCCGUCGACGACACUGCCACAGCAAGUGCGGAGAUGGCAAUCCACAUCAACAGAGUCUCCAGAGCCAUUGAAGUCGAUCCUCAUAGCAAAUCGUGGUGAAAUCGCCCUGCGCGUUGGUCGGACAGCAGCACAGUACGGCAUCAGGACGACAACACUAUAUACAGAUCCAGAUCGCCACAGUCAGCACGCGUUGAGCUCUCCUUUCGCUGUCAACCUAGGCUCCACAGACCAAUAUCUAAAUGGCUCACGAAUCAUCGAAGUCGCAAAAGAGAACGGCUGUCAAGCCAUCCACCCAGGCUACGGCUUUCUGUCUGAAAAUGCAGACUUUGCCAAAGCAUGUACUGAUGCCGGCAUCAAGUUUAUUGGGCCACCUCAUAAAGCCAUCGAAGCCAUGGGCGACAAGUCUCGAAGCAAGGAGAUCAUGACCGAAGCUGGCGUUCCCUGUAUUCCCGGAUACCAUGGCACAAAUCAGGAUCCUAAAUUUUUGGAGGCAGAGGCAGACAAGAUGGGCUACCCGGUUCUGAUCAAGGCUGUGAAGGGUGGCGGUGGAAAGGGCAUGCGCAUCGUGAUGAAACAGGACGAAUUCCAACAACAGCUUGAUUCUGCCAAGAGUGAAGCCAGGUCAAGUUUCGGAGAUGAUGUGAUGCUCGUCGAGAAAUACAUUACAACACCGCGACACAUCGAAGUGCAGGUCUUCGCGGAUAGACACGGUAACUGUGUUGCGCUGGGUGAGCGUGAUUGCAGUAUUCAACGACGACACCAGAAAGUUUUGGAAGAAUCCCCAGCGCCCAACCUGGCCGAAGACAUUAGGCAGGAUCUGUGGGAGAAGGCAAGACAAGCGGCAUUGGCGGUCGGCUACGAAGGUGCUGGCACAGUUGAAUUCAUCUUUGACAACGACAGUGGCGAAUUCUUCUUCAUGGAAAUGAACACGAGACUCCAGGUGGAACAUCCUGUAUCUGAGAUGGUUUCCGGACAAGAUCUUGUGCGAUGGCAAAUUCUCGUUGCUGAGGGCGACAAGCUCCCAUUGACUCAGGAAGAAGUUCACGAAAGAAUCAAGGCAGGCGGGCAUGCGAUCGAGGCCCGUAUCUAUGCCGAAGACCCGAGCAUGAACUUCAUACCUUCGACUGGUAAACUGCUGCACCUACGAACACCGCCGAUUACCGAAUCCGUCCGAAUAGAUGCCGGCUUUGUGGAGGGUGAUGAAGUGUCGAGUCACUACGAUCCUAUGAUCUCUAAGCUCAUCGUACAUGGUUCGGACAGAAAGGCUGCGCUCCAAAAGAUGGUGGCUGCACUCGAAGAGUACGAAGUUGCAGGUCCUAUCACCAAUAUUGACUUCGUCAAGAAGUGCUGUCAAAGUCCCGACUUCAUCGCCGGAGAGGUUGAGACCGGCUACAUCCCCAAGCACGCUGAUGAGUUGUUUGCCAAGCGACAAAUACCACAUGAAGUCUAUGCUCAGGCAGCUAUCGGUCUAUACGAAGCUGAACAAUCACAUCGCGGGACACCCACCGCCCCUGUACAACCUUUGCAAAGCAUCGGCUUUGGCUUCGCACCGCAACCACGGGAAUUCAAGCUUGUGGAAACAUCGUCAGACCCACAAGUUACCAACGAGCCCGUUGCUGUAAAGGUUCUCAAGACAUCCCCAGAGACGUACAAUGUCACAGUCAACAACGACUCGUACACUACCACAUCACGAUACACUCCAUAUUCCGCAACAGGUGGUUCACUAUCAUCAUUCUACCCUCACACCCGUCUCUCAACAACGAUCAUCCGAGACCCCGAAACCAACCAGCUCACCCUCUUCCAACAAGGUUCCCAAUACCGCCUUCACCUGGCUAUCCCUGCAUUCCUACAAGCUGCUCUUGGUAUGAAAUCAACAGAAAACUCUGUACUCGCACCAAUGCCAUGCAAAGUACUCAGAGUCGAAGUCAAAGAGGGCCAGGAAGUCAAGAAGAACCAAGCCUUGGUCAUUAUUGAAAGUAUGAAGAUGGAGACUGUGAUCAGGAGUCCGCAGGACGGAAAAGUGAGCAAGGUCGUGCAUAAGGCUGGCGAUAUGUGUAAAGCUGGCACAGCACUUGUCGAAUUCGAAGACGCUGGGGAGCAAUGAGACGAUUGCAAAAUCAAAAAAGUGGUUAUGAAAUGUAUGUUAUAGUAUCAACGAUUACAGUGAGAAUGAUCUUACAUGUACUUGUGAGGUAGGCGCGUUCAGCGGUCAGACAGAACGAUUUUAUGCCAAGAAUGAUGUUCGACACGAUUCAUGCAUCAAGGUGUCAAUCUGACGCACUACCUCUGCCGCCGGAGCAUAAUCGUCUCUCGAUAGAUCACAAAAGUGCAAAGUAAAUCGCGACAGAACGGCAUGGUGCCUUCUUCCACGCUCGAUACAACAACCGUCCAAGAAGUCUAUUGCGAAAUGUUUACGUUGUAGCAUGGUUGCGGAUACGACACUUGCACCUGAACGACCAGCCGCAUACGGGGAAACGAAUCAUCACAUCCGGUCGACUCGAACCCUCUUGUUGCACGGUUGUGGCACUCUUGUUCAAGGGUAUUCAGAUCGAAUCCUAAAGCAAUUUCAUGGGGUCAGCGCGUCAUUGAAGAUGUGCUUGGAGACGUUGUUGACGACGGUUUGCAUCACCGAGCUGACAUUGAUGAAAGGGACAUUGGGUGUUAGACCAUU